AUGCAGAUUUUCGUCAAGACCCUCACGGGGAAGACUAUCACCCUCGAGGUGGAGUCUUCCGACACCAUCGACAAUGUCAAGUCCAAGAUCCAGGACAAGGAGGGAAUCCCCCCCGACCAACAGCGCCUGAUCUUUGCUGGCAAGCAGCUCGAGGACGGCCGCACCCUCUCCGACUACAACAUCCAGAAGGAGUCCACCCUCCACCUGGUCCUCCGCCUGCGUGGUGGCGCCAAGAAGCGCAAGAAGAAGGUGUACACCACCCCCAAGAAGAUCAAGCACAAGCGCAAGAAGACCAAGUUGGCCGUCCUCAAGUACUACAAGGUCGGAUCCGAUGGUAGCAUCGAGCGCCUCCGCCGCGAGUGCCCCAGUGAUACCUGCGGUGCCGGUGUCUUCAUGGCUGCCAUGGCCGACCGCCAGUACUGCGGCCGCUGCCACCUCACCUACGUCUUUGACAAGCAAUAA